AUCAUUUUGACGCGGUCAAAAUGCCAGCCGAAUAUUACGAUGAAGAUGGAUUUCGUUUGGCGUUUGAUAAUGAAACUCCGAUCGACCAAAAGCAUUUCUUCAUGCGCACCUUCCCCACAGUCAACAAAAUCGUCGAACGCCGGGUCCACUGUACGUCGUGUGAUGUGCACAUCGGCACGGCACCGGUCUCGGAAGCGAUCAUACGUAUGCAUCCGGUGCUGCGUGUAACGCACUGCCGCAGCUGUCAUGCCUUCUACAACAGUGGCGAAUUCGAUAAGGGAGAGGAUGGUAGCGAGCUGUACUGCCGCUGGUGUGGCCAGGGCGGUGAGGUGUACUGCUGCUCCAACUGUCCGUACGUGUUCUGCAAGAAGUGCAUCACGCGCAACUUGUCCCGGAGCUGUGUGCAGGACAUUGUGCAGAAUGAGAACUGGCACUGCUUUAGCUGUGCGCCGCACGUGCUGUGGACUCUGCAGGCUCAUCACUGGGCGCUGGAGAACUUUAUCGAAAAGCAGAAAAAGGAGAUUAAAACCCAGCAGCUGUCAAGCAGCGCCAUUAACGUACUGAUGAAACAGGACCGUACGUACUGCUGCCUGGGUAAAGGGCUCGGCCGGAUGAAAGGUAACAGCAGUAACAGUAGCAGCAGUAGUACGUCCGUAGCGAAGAAAGUAGCAGCAAAACGUGCGUACGGUGACUCGGCUGCGAAAAGGAAAUCGUCGCAAGAUAGCAACAAAUCGCAAGCGAUCCAAUCCGCCGAAUCUGUACCGCAGCUAGCCCAAUCCAUUCUAAGCCAUUCGCAUUUAAAAGGCGAUAUGGUGCCGUCGCCCUCAAAUGCUUCCAUAUCGGGGACACCUUCCACAUCCGGAAGGGUUGGGGCCGGUAGUAACAUUUCGAAAAAGCAAACAAAAUCGGUCUCAUUUGACGAUAUCCAACCACACGUUGGUGGACCUCCGGCAAAGAAAAAGCGUCCCGGAAAUGAUGAAGUCGUUUGCACACCGGACAUAAUGAGUAUGCUGUCGGAUGAAAAUCCUUCAACUAGUAGCCCUGCUCCGGUACGACCGCCGAUAGUAUCGGUCGGCACAAAGCCAAUGGUUCCGAUCGCUCCGAAACCUACGGCGUAUGGUAAUAAUGCGAUUGGCGGUGUUCCUUCGUCGCCAGGCUUCCCUGGAGGACCGAUCGGUACGGGCACACCGACGAAGACCACCAUACCGAAGCAGAAAGCCAUCCUGCAUCAGACGAUGCCACGCAAUAUAGCCGUUAGCGUACCCGGAGGUCGAGCGUCGAUGGGAAAUCCCGCCGGACAACCGGAGGGUAUUGUCAUUCAGGAACCGGUAACGCAUACCGUACGCGUUCCGUCGCAGGCCGGUCAAAGACAGACCAAUGCUCCUGCACCGCUGUACACUACUUUCGAAGGCUUUCGUAUCGAUUUGCAAACGGCUUCCCAGCAGGGCACGUACCGAUUGCCGAACGGGAAGGUAAUAGUUGUACGUAGACAAGCUCCGGAUGGUGCAGCUGGUGCGGACGCGUCGGCUAAACAAUCGCAACAGGUACCUUCGGUACCGCCCGGUGGCCUAACUCCAAUCCCAACUGCCCGUUUGCUGCUGAACAAUGCACUAUCGCAACAGCAACAUCAGCAACCAGUCGUACCGGCGAUCAUUAGAAACGGACAGGAUCAGCAGUUGAGACGCAUGCAGCAGCAGCAGCAGCAAAUGCAAAAGCAACAAAUGCAUCAACAGCGCUUCCAGUUCGACCAACAGCAGCAGAUUCAGCUACAGCAAACCCAUCAGCAACAGUAUACCAAGCAUCUGCAGCGUAUACAACAGCAGCAAUUGCUGUUGCAGCAACAACAGCCACGAAUAGUUCAGCAGAUGUCCCCAGGAAACGUUGGUGGGCGUUUGCAACGUCCGCCGAUGUAUACGAGCACCAGCACCGUACCGAGGCAACCACCGAUGAGUGUCGGAGCUGCCGUAAAGGGGACACCAGACUCUACCCAGUCCGAUCUGACGAACAUUCAUCCCUACUCGAUCGUUAAUGUGCUGACUGCGCUCGUUAACAGACCGCACGAAAAUACCGAGCUUGGCAACGCACAGAAAGACUUCGAAAAGGCGAUGCUGGCCGGUGCGGAAGUUUGUAAACACAUACUAGCCAAGAUUGCUUCACUGGCGGAAACCAAAUCGCACACCAAUGUACGGAAUUUACGUGACGUGAAGGAACUCUUCAUCCACAUGUCUUACCUUGUGACGUAUGGUAUCGGGCGCUUCAAAACCCUACACGAACGUUGCGUGAACGAUGUGAAGAAGAUGGGCUUUACGGAAGAAUCGGACUUUGUGAUGAUGAGCGAUCGAAUCGACAAUAGUACGUCGGCACCGGCAGACAGUCAGGAGGAUGAUCGGGAAACACCCGACGCACAGAACGAAGAAGAUGAUGAUGAUGAUGAUUGUAAAAUUAUCGAGCAACAGCAUACGAUUAUUGAGGUCGAUUCGGAUGAUGAUGAGCCGGCCAAAGAGGAGGAAAAACCCAGUGAGGAAGUUUCCGCUACUGAUAAGUCGAUAGUUGCGACGGGGAACCAGAGUACGGAUACAACCAACUCCAUUACGGUGGGAGAAAUUAAGGUAACAUGGAGUCUGGUGGAUGAGCAACCGUCGAAGGCAGCAGAGAAUAAUGAUGCGUCAACGGCGAGUAGCAACAGCGUAACGACUACGACCGGGGAAGGCGAGAAAGGGGAUGGUGCAGCAGAUCAGAGUGAUCAGUCGGUAGGUGAGCGAGAAAAUUUGGUUGAGGAAGAUGUAGUUGCUGCUAGUGAUACAUCCGCUGGCGAUGAGAAGAAUUCUGAGGAUGGUGCAGAGAUGGACGACAAUAGCUCAGGUUCACAAGAAAACCAAGAAUUCGAUAAAAGCGCAGAAGAUAAAAACGAGCAGGUGGAACUAAUAGAAAUUUCCGAUAAAGAAGUCUCAGAGCUGUUGGGCAUCCACACAAGCAACGAUGAAGAAGCAUCGAGGCAAAAUUCUGACCCAUCGGAGCAGACGGUGGAACCGAUGGAAGUUACGGAUUCGGAUGAUGAAGCUGCACGUACGGAAAAGUCCCAAAACACUUCAGUUGUAUCUGGAAGCAAUGGUGGUGAAACUAUUGCUAAUGACAAAGCCGCUGGUAUGAAUAAGCUCUUUGAAGAUACAGUUAAAAAAUCUAAAGUCGAAAUGGAAGAGAAUGAAACUGCGAGCAAAGCUGAUGACGGUGAAGCCGAUCCAAGCGCACAGCAAAAAGACACUCAGGGUUCGCAUAAUGACACCUCGCUACUCGAUGAGCUGGAACAUUCGUCCAAGGGAAGUAGUAGUGAAAUUCUAAACCUGAUGGAUGCGGCCGACGAUAGCUACCAUAGCGAUAGUUCCGAUAUGCAAUUUACCGCCGAUUUCAUCAUACAGGAAGUGAAUGAAGAAGCAAAAUCGAAACGUGAAGCGACUGUUACGAGCACUUGUGCGGAGGAGGAGGAUGGUGCAGAUAAAUCACCACCCGACACAGAGUUGAACAGUCCAACUGCGACGGAUUCUGAUGGACCGGAGCCUCACUGUACGAAACCGCGUAAGGAGAAUGAAGAAGCUGAAGCUAUCGAAGUGCUUGAUAGCAGUGAGGAAGGUGAUAGCAGCAAGAACACAACGCUAGGUGAUGACGAUGAGCCAAAAGAUGCACCUGUAGCAAAAAUCGUUGAGGAAACGUUUUUUUCUGCUUCUUCCCCGAGAAAAGAUCAAACUGUUGAUCCCGUUGUCGAGGAACAGGUCACCAAUCCAGCACAAAAAUUAGCUGACGAUGAUACUGAGGCGUUAAAUAGUAAUGUAGAGAGUUGUAAAAGUAAGUUACCGAAAGAUAGCGAGCAAAAAGAAAAAGAAAUGAAGAAGGAUGAAGAUAAGCAAGGAAAGGAGGAGGGAGAAAAAGAAAAUAAGGAAGAAGGUAAGAAAGAAAACGAAGAUAAAAUAGAGGAAAUAGAAGAAGUAGUAGACAAAGAAACAAAGAAAGAUGAUAAGAUGAAGACGGAAUUCGAAGAAAAGGAAGAAAUCGCAGUUGAACUCAAUUCAAAAGAUCGUACAGAUAAGGAUAAAGAGGAUGAAUCUCUUUGUGAAUCCAGUGAACAGCAGAAUGAUUCUGACAGCGUUGCAGUUCCUAAAGAUACCGUUGAGAUAUCAUCUUCUAGUGAGGAUGGUUGUGAGCAAGAGAUCUGUGCAAAUGGAGAAGAAGAUACAUCUCAAAUAUCUUCAAAAAAUGAUAAAGAUGUAGAACCAAUGGAGGUGGAUAGUGUGGCACAGCACUCAUCAGAUAAUGUUCCUGAACAGGAAGAUAAAGAUCAAACCAUGAAAGUCGCUGAUGAAGAAGUGAAAGACUUUCAAUUUGAAACUGAGGAACCGGAUAGUUCGAUUGAGAAGAAUGCGAACGAGAUUGAAGAGAAAGUUUCUAUGAGUGAGGAAGGGACAGAUGUCCCACAAGUUGAGGUACUAUCGGAAGAAUCAUCUCACGCAGGAAAUGAUUCCGAAAAGGCUGUUAAUAAUGAUGAGGCAAAGCAAAAGAUAAGCGAAGAAAAAGAAGCGAAAUCGUCCAAUGAGAAGCCGUCGCACGAUAGUUCAAAUCCAGAGAAAAUAGCUUCAAGCCAUACUACUACAGAAGAAGCUGCUGAUCAACAACGAGAAGAUAAGCUCAGUAAGAAUCCAGCGGAAGACUUACCUGCUAGUUCAAGCACAGGUAUAGUUAGUUCCGUGAAUGAAAAGGCGACAAACAUAGAAACAGAUACUACUACUAACCCUGCCGACACUACAGAACAGCGCAAAGAAGAUAAGAAGGAUACACCGAUGGAAGUAGAUUCAACCGAUAAUUUAGAUUCGAAGCAAAAUGAUCUUUAG